GAGGCUUCUUGACCUUGGUGCAUAAACAAUUUGUGUCUGUGAAAGCCGGGCUUUAUUUAUUGUGAAAUAACCCUGUAUUAUAUGCAGUCAAAUCAACGGUCAACGUCAGGUAAUCAACCUAAUUUUCCACGCAAAAGAAAUACACAUGUUCAAGGGUUGAAAUCUAGACUUCGAUCGAAUAUUAAUUCAAUUUUAUCCAAUUAUGAAAUGAUUUUAUCACGAUCUAAGAUUGACCCAAAUGAGGUUACUAAAGGUCUUGGUCCAUAUGCUCAGUGUGCUCAAGAUACAUUUGAAUUCAGCGUAAGAGCAGCAAAUAUAGUACAUGCUUGUGAAAAUAUCACUCGUCUAGUAUCAGAAAUUAAACAAUUUUUAAUAUUAGGCGAUUUUCGUUGGUUAGCACAAGUGAAUUCAUUAAAUCAAGAAAAAUUGAUUCUUCGAAAAUUAGAUUUAGAUCGUGUCAGUAAUCGAUUACGUGAUAAACUUGUUGCUGAAUUACAUAAUUUAGAACAAGAAACAAGUCCAGAUUAUCCUAUUAAUACUUUUCCAAAAAACUAUUCAACAGUAAAAAAAAAUACAAGUUAAUUGUUGUAUCUUCACGUACUUUUGUCAAUUAUAAAUAUCCAUUGAGUUAGUUA